AUUGAGUUGAGUCAGGCUCAAACAAGUUACAACUAGGCUAGUCGGUUGUAUUCGGUAUUCAUUAUUCAGAUUUCAGUAUUUCACUUUAGAGUAUAAUUUAUUAUAAUAAAUUGACUUCAGAUUACGGAAGUUGUUGUCACUUAGAAUUUUCAAAAUUUGUCAGUCGUUGUGAGUGAUACUGAUAAGUGAUAACGUGUUGUGUUUUACUAUAGCAGUAGCCUUCCCAUAAAUAUUCUAGAAUUCUAGAUCCUUCGAUGGGUAUGUCGCGAAUUCGUUUGGUGUAAUUUGUAUUUAUAUUUUAUCCGCCCGGUGUCCAGAGUUCAGACUACAACAGACGAGUGACAGACAAAAACGUCAAUCGAAUAAACGAUAAUAUCCCAAUAUUCCCGCGAUUCGGCGAUUGUCGAGACUUGCGCACAGACGCAUUGUCGCGUUGGUUCCAUCAGUUGCGCAAUCGUAAUACUCGUUAUCUACUCGCGCGCAGGCAGGCAGCACUACAGGCUACAGCAGUGAGCUGUGACUGAUCAGUCCAUCCGCCAUCGUCAAAAGUCUUCGUAUCGGUAUCCGAAAUACAAAUCGUAAACGCAGUGAUCGGUGUUGAAUAUCACCCAUUUCAAAAAGACGACCAGUUGGCAGUUACAUAACCGUUGUUUGUGAGUUGUACGGAUUCACGAAGACGAUUAAUUGGACCGGUGUAUAAAUAACAUUUGCAAUGAGUACGUGGCAACAAACACAAACACCAUACGGAUCAGGAGCUGCUCCACCACCGCCUGGAUUUUUUCCACAAGGUGCACCAUACCCAAAAGCUGAUGGUGGCUAUCCUGCUGCUGGUGGAUAUCCCGCCGCUGGUGGAUAUCCCGGCGCUGGUGGAUAUCCUGCUGCUGGUGGAUAUCCUGCUGCUGGUGGAUAUCCUUCUGGUGGUGCAUACCCUCCACCAUAUGCACAACAAAAUGUGCCUUAUUAUGGAGCAGGAGCACCAGAAAAUAAUAGUUUUAACGCACCAGAAAACUUUGGCUUUAGUGAUAAAACUAUUCGUAAAAACUUCAUAUGUAAAGUUUACAGUAUUUUGAUGUGCCAGCUACUAAUCACAUUAAUAUUUGUGGCUAUGGCAACUUUUCAUGAAGCCACUAAACUUUAUAUACGUGAACAUUCUGGGUUGAGUAUCAUCGCAAUUAUUGUGACAUUUGGUACUUUAAUUGCGCUUGCAUGCUGUGAAGAUUUACGUCGCAAGAGUCCUACCAACUUUAUUCUUUUGUUUGUAUUCACCUUAGCUGAAUCAUUUUUAUUAGCGGUAUCUGUGUCACGUUACUAUCCAGAUCAAGUACUGUUGGCUCUUGGCUUAACUACAUUGAUAUGUUUUGCUCUUACAAUAUUUGCUUUUCAGACUAAAAUAGAUUUUACAGUAAUGGGUGGUUUUUUAACAGUAGCUGUAAUAGUUUUACUAGUUGCAUCUAUUGUUGCUAUAUUUUUCCCUGGAAAAUUGAUGACCCUCAUAAUUGCAUCUGCGGGUGCAAUCAUAUUUUCCUUAUAUCUUAUUUAUGACACCCAAAUGAUGGUCGGUGGUGACCAUAAGUAUUCAAUCUCUCCAGAAGAAUAUAUAUUUGCAGCAUUAACCAUCUAUGUAGACAUAAUAAACAUUUUCAUGUACAUAUUGGCCAUUAUUGGAGCUUCAGGCGAUGAUUAAACAUUUUAUGUGUAAAUUAUAAUAUAUAAACAUAAUAAUAAAACUGUUGAUUGUUUAUUUAAAUUAAAGAUGUAGAUUAUUAUUCCUUUUAGCUUUAAUUGUUCUGAUUAAAUAUAGUUAUUCUGUUAUUUUGUGUUCAGCAAGUCAGUUUUAAUAAUAUUUAUUCAUUUAUUCUCACUAAAUAUUUAUAUAUGUAUAAUAUAUAAUAUGGAAGAAAGUAUUUAAAAACACUUGUUUAAUAAUAUUUUAUUAAAUACUUUGUGUUAAGCUAAUGUAUUUCAUACUUAUAAGUUAUAUCUGAUAUACAUCAUAAAUUAUUAUAUAAUUUUUUCAUGAUUAGCCAAAAUUGUAUAAUAGACAUUUAGGGCCGCUCUUACAAUGCCUGGUAAAAUGUCUGUUAAAGUUAACAGACUGAUAGCAGAUUUUAUUACUGGCAGAAUUCGGCCUGUUAACAGUGUUAACUUCAACCAGACAUUGUAAGAACAGCUUACUGUGUUCAACAACGAUUUGACAGUUUCAGUUAUUAAAAAUAAAAGAAUGACUGUAUUUGGAAUAUUACAAAUUAAAGUAACAUUUAAAGAAUUUUGAUAUUAAUUUACAAAAUACUGUUUUUUUUUUUUUUUUAAUUGAACAUAAUAAAUUUUAAUUCACGUAGAAGCAUUGUAAAUUGAAAUUCUUGUUAAAUUUAAUUUUUGACAAAAAGUGGAUUUUUAUGGGCGAUGUAAGCCUGUGAAAUUUAAUAAAUAAAUAAUUAAUAUUUUUGAUCUAACCAGUAACAAUUAAUUUUUCAAGGUAUGUAUUCUUGUAUGUGAGUUUUAUUUAGUAAUGAAAAAUAUUGUGUUAUUGAACAAUAGAUUAUGUGAAAUAAAAUAUAAUAUGAUUUAUAUGAAUUACGUUUCAUUCAAUAAAUAAGCAUUCCUAAGCAUAUAUUUGUGAUUUGAACUUUGUAGUAUUAUACAAUUAUAGGUAUAAUUGUAUAAACAAAUUUUAAUUAUUUUUGUACACAUUGUUAUUCUUUUUUUGCUAUCUUAUAUAAUAUUAUAAUCAUUGGUGUUAAUUUACAUUUUUAACCUAUUUAAAUUUACCUUUAUAAUUUGAAAUGUUUGUGGCAUUUAAUUUAAUGGAUAUUUUGCAUGUACAAUAUACAAAUAAGUGUAUAAUUAUGAUUUAAAAUAUUUGGUAAUAUACAAUAAUUAUAAAGAUGUA